CCGGGAUCUCCAGCGGCUCCUUCCUCUGCUGGGGCUGCUGCUCCUGCCUCUUACUGCGGGCGGCGCUGACGCUGAGACAUCGGAGGCCGCUUCUCCGGGCACCGGGCAGACCGGCCGCUGACACGGAGCGGGUUAUGAACAAGAGUAGAAAUGACUGGCUGUCGCUGAGACCGGCGGAACCAACGCCUGCUCAGUGCUGCGGGAGCGGCUGCACCCCCUGCAUAUAUGACCUCUAUCAGGCUGAGCUGGAAUUGUGGGAGAAAGCGAAGGAAAGAGACGACCCCGGCCUCCUACAAAAGAUCAAAGUCAAAAACCACGAUGAUGUGCUGCUGAGUUCGGAGACAUUCACCGAGUUUACGCUGUGCUCCGUGGAUCGUGAGACAGAGGACACCGGUCGCUACAGAUUUCAGCUCCCAUCUGGAGUGAGUUUAGGACUGAAGUUGGGCCAGCACCUCGUAGUAAGGGGUCUUGUAAAUGGAGUGGAGAUUCAAAGAGCAUACACCCCCAUUAGUCCUGUGGAUGUGAAGGGUCAUUUUGAAGUUUUAGUAAAGGUUUAUGAACACGGCUUGAUGUCACAGUAUGUAAAAAGCUGGAGAGAAGGAGAUUCUGUAGCAUGGAGGGGACCAUUUGGAGGUUUCUUAUACAAACCAAAUACACACGGGGAGCUGCUUAUGCUUUGUUCAGGAACAGGAAUAGCCCCAAUGCUGCCAAUCUUGACCCAUGUGACAGACAAUGAAGACGAUGAGACCUUCCUAACACUCGUGGUCUGUGCUCGAAAUUUCCAAAAUGUUUAUCUGAAGAACUUUCUGAAGGAGCAGUCAAGAUACUGGAAUGUCAGGAUCUUCUAUGUCCUCAGCCAAGGGAUGGAACAAGCAGUUAAGGCGUACCUGUUGUUUCAGGAACAAUCCUUAGAAAAUCUGCCCAUGAGUUGUAAGGAGAACUCAAAACUUGGACGAAUAGACUCGGUGUUCUUGGCAAAGGUGUUGGAGACCUGCCGGAGAAAACCAUACAUACUCCUAUGUGGUUCGGUAUUAUUCACAGAGGACAUGACUCUUAUACUAACACAGCUGGAGCAGGACAGCUCAUCGAUUUUCUCUUUUUAACAUAUUUCUUAUAGUUUUUGCACCUUUUAAAAUACUGUUAUAACUCCUUCAUAUUUUUUUUGUUUUUGUUUUAAUAAAUCAUUGAAAAUGGUGAAAUCUGCAGUGAACA